UCAGAUAGCUCAACAUGAACUUUAACCAUCAAGAUCAUUUAAAAAGUGAAGAGAACAAUAUUUUUCCUUCUGAGAGCUGGCUACAGGCUUCUGAGUUUCUCCUGCAGCGCUGCCCUCUUCUCUACCUUUGCCUGAAACGGGACAUGGAGCUAUGUUCCUUGCCUCAUGUUAGGUGCUAAUGAAGUUGCUUGCUUCAUCAGAGGAAAUGCAGAUCCAUGAAAUUACAUUUUAUGCAAGUUAUCGUUAACUCUCUUGGCAAUGUCUGUGAUUUUAUCUGCCUCUGUGGUCCGUGUGAGGGAUGGACUCCCACUGUCUGCGUCUACUGAUUACGACCAGAGCACCGGAAUGCAAGAAUGUAGAAAAUAUUUUAAAAUGCUCUCAAAGAAACUUUCUCAGCUCCCUGAUAGAUGUACGCUGAAAACUGGGCAGUAUAAUAUAAACUUCAUAAGUUCUCUAGGAGUAAGCUAUAUGAUGUUGUGCACUGAAAAUUAUCCCAGUGUCCUGGCUUUCUGCUUCCUGGAUGAGCUUCAGAAAGAAUUCAUCACUACCUACAAUAUGAUGAAGACAAAUACUGCUGUCAGGCCAUACUGUUUUAUAGAGUUUGAUAAUUUCAUUCAGAGGACCAAACAGAGAUAUAACAACACACGUUCUUUGUCAACAAAGAUGAAUCUUGCCGACAUGCAGACAGAAAUCAAACUGAGACCACCUUACCAAAUUUCCGUGUCAGAACUUGGUUCAGCUAAUGGGUUCUCACAUUUAUCAGUGGCAGAAUAUAAGGGUACUGGUAAGAUUUCUGCAGCUCCUCAUCAGCGCCUGGAACCUGUGACUCUGCCAGGGAUUGUCUCAUUUGUGCUUAGUCUGUUGUGUGGGGCUUUGAAUUUAAUUCGUGGCUUUCAUGCCAUAGAAAGUCUUCUUCAGAAUGAAGGUGAAGAUUUCAGCUAUGUUAUUGCAUUUUUUCUUGGAACAGCAGCCUGUUUGUACCAGUGUUACCUGUUUGUAUACUACACAGGCUGGAGGAAUGCCAAAUCCUUCCUAACUUUUGGGUUAAUUUGCCUGUGUAACAUGUAUCUGUACGAACUGCGCAACCUGUGGCAGCUCUUCUUCCAUGUGACUGUGGGAGCGUUUUCUACCUUACAAAUUCGGCUGCGACAACCGCAGGGAAAGGCCCCCGAUUACAAUGUCUGACGAGUCCUGGAACACUUAGAGGCAGUCUUGUUCAACAGUUAUUCACUCUCAGGAAUGUAAAGCUAUUCUCCAAUAGAAGAAACUGUCUGGAUGGGGCUUUUUUGUGGUUGUUUUUUUUUUUUUUAAAUAAAACAAUGUAAGAUGC